AUGUUCAAUCAACAACGCGUUCAAACAACUCUUUAUCAACCUCCAGCAACCAUCACUCCUCCAUCUAAUGAAGAUGCUAUAAUCCGCCCUCAGUCAUACGCAACUGUAGUUGGCCCUAAGCCUUCAAAAUUAUCAAGCCAGCCUGUCAAUCCAGAAGCCAUCCAAUUGCUCACUAAUCUGCUGUCAGAGCUCACAGCCGGCUCCGCCAACAUCAGAAACGUUCUCAUCUCUACUCUAAAUGCUCUUAUCCCCCUUCUCCUAUCUCACAAUGUCUGA